CUAAAUAGCCUUUUAGUAUGAGAGGCCCCUUGAGAGAUAAUUCAUACUUGGUUUCACACGCAAUAUCAUAAUCUCACAUGUACACCACUAUACUCUCUUAAAAACACUAUCAUACUCUCACACAUACACUAUCAUACUCUCACACAUACACCAUCAUGCUCUCUUAAAAACACUAUCAUACUCUCACACAUACACUAUCAUACUCUCUUAAAAACACUAUCAUACUCUCACACAUACACCAUCAUACUCUCUUAAAAACACUAUCAUACUCUCACACAUACACUAUCAUACUCUCACACAUACACCAUCAUACUCUCACACAUACACCAUCAUACUCUCACACAUACACCAUCAUACUCUCUUAAAAACACUAUCAUACUCUCACACAUACACCAUCAUACUCUCUUAAAAACACUAUCAUACUCUCACACAUAAACCAUCAUACUCUCUUAAAAACACUAUCAUACUCUUACACAUACACUAUCAUACUCUCACACAUACACUAUCAUACUCUCUUAAAAACACUAUCAUACUCUUACACAUACACCAUCAUGUGAAUGCAAAUAAUCAUGUAUAAGGAUCCAAAUGUCAGUGAAUGUAAGACAGAAUGGUAGGGUAUGUGAAUGAGAAUAGUUGUUUGUGUGAGAGAGUUUGAUUGAAACGGAAACAGUCCUGAAUUCUCAGUGCCUGAUUGGCUAUCUUUGACGAAGCUGGAGGAAGCAGGAUUUCAUGGACAUGGCCCACCUUCCCAAUCAUGACUGAUAGAAGAAGAUGGCGGACCGGGAGAAACUCAGUGAAGCCAUUGGCCUUUUAAACAACAUUUUAAACUCUCCAACCGUUAUCACAACAAUGUCAGAAAUGUUGGAUCAAAGGCGACAGACACCCACAGGUGCCUCUUCUAACGCGACUGUGGAGGAGGAAAUGCGGCGGAUCUUCAGGGCUAGCUCAUCAGGUGUAUCAGGAAGUGCCAGUAGCACUUCGUCUGGAUCUAGCCUGAACCAAGUGAUGCAACCUCGAUAUCGAACUCAACAGUAUUUCGGUGGAUGGGCUUCAAAGUCAAGGAAGAGGCCUACUGCCUUAAAUCACCCAACCUUUAAUAAGGACAUCAUACUGCUACCUGAUUCUACAUGGGAUGAAGUCUGCAAACACAAAACCAAAAGAAGGCUUCAUGAAAGGGGCUAUAUUUUAAGUGCCUUUGAGAUGAGGAAAAUGUGGGACUGCAGGACAGUCAUUGCAGAGAUAAGAGAAGCAUUCAAGGACAGAAUUCCUGAGGAUGUCAGUAUUGAUCUUUUGAUGGCAUGUGGAAACAAACUGGUUUCACCAAAGUUGCGUGAGGGCCAGGAACUGAAUGGCUUUAUGAUUCACAAGGUGUUCAAAUCAAAGGCAGUGUACAUUAGGCCAUCGACAAAUCUUCCAUUUCCGUCUGACAGCACAGAUUCGGAGGACAGUUGUGUGGAGGUUGACGCUACAUCAGCAUCUAGUGACCACAGUACCAGUCAGACCAGUGACUGUAUGACCACAAGGGCCAGGGGAAACCAAACUGCAUCAAUACAGCAGAUCUCUAGUUAUCCUUUCACAAGAAGGGCCAGAGCUAACCAGCUCUCUGCAACACAGCAAGCAUCCAGCGAUGUCAUGACCAGAGCUAACCAGCCUUCUUCAACACAGCAAACAUCCAGUGAUGUCAUGACCAGAGCUAACCAGCCUUCUUCAACACAGCAAACAUCCAGUGAUGUCAUGACCAGAGCUAACCAGCCUUCUGCAACACAGCAAACAUCCAGCGAUGUCAUGACCAGAGCUAACCAGCCUUCUUCAACACACGAAGCAUCCAGUGUCAUUGACUUAGAUAGUGUUGGCACAGUGAACCAGACACCAUCAGCUAGUGAUGACAACUAUGCUGCCUACCUUUCGAUCAUGGGUUCCAUCUCAGACCUUUCUUCUGAUGAUGAGGAAGUAAACCAGGCAAUAAUGGCCAGUCCUGAGAGUCAUGUGGCAUCCGAACACAUAAAUGCAAAAUCAGCACAGGAAGUGCUCCUCAAUCUUGCAUCCCUAAUUGACAGUAACAAAAGAUGCAGGUUCAACAUUAAUAGGUCUUCAGUACUGGAUGGUGCUCUGCGGGGCUUCAGACGACUGUCCUAUAAUCCCAAGCACCAGAUGUGCAUCAAGUUUUCAGAUGACUUAGGAAUGAAUGAAGAGGCUGUGGACCUUGGUGGCCCUAGGAGAGAAUUUUUACGGUUGCUCAUGGAAGCCCUGGUACUGUCACCAAUGUUUGAAGGAAGAGACGAUAAAUUGAACUUGGCUUUGGACAGUUCAGCUUUAAGAGAAGAUAAAUAUUUUAUCGCUGGCCAGGCCAUUGCCGUAAGUCUUGUCCAUGGCGGUCCUCCACCAGGAUUCAUUGCACCAACACUGUAUUCUUGUCUAGUUGGUGGCAGUUCUUCAGUAAAGCCUGUCUUGGAAGACAUUGCUGAUACAGACCGCUAUGAGAAGGUUAAAAAGGUGUCCGAAUGUACGUCUUUGGAUGACCUGAUAAACGCCACUGAACCACUGCAAGAUUACCUGGCAAAUGCUGGGUGUCUCAGGCCACUGAAAUGCAUUGAGGACAGAGAUCUGCUGGUUAAAGACAUUCUCAUGUUUCAGGUGGUCCACAGAGUCUGCGGGGCAUUUGAAAGAUUUAAGGAGGGGCUGAAGACCCUUGGUGUUCUGGAUGCGAUCAGAAUGCACCCAGACAGUUUUAGACCCUUAAUGUGUCACGAACCAUCCCCACUCACUGCUGACUUAAUGGAUCACCUGUUCCACAUCCGGCUGUCUGCAGUGGGAAGCAACAAAAGAAGGGCAGAGGAACGUGUUGUUCCAUUUUGGAGGGACUACCUGCAGGAUGUUGAAGAGCAAGAGGGAUCCUCAAAGCUAGGUAAAAUCCUAGCCUUUGCAACGGGUGCAAGUGUCAUCCCUCCGGUUGGCUUCUCCCCUCAACCAUCAGUUGAUUUCUUGCAUGAUCAGCCUGUCAGCUCCAGACGCUGUUUGCCAAUGGCAAACACCUGCAUCAACUGCCUUAAGUUGCCGCUGCUUGACACAUACGAGGAUUUCAGGGAGAGUAUGGACUUUGCAUUAGGUAACACACAGGGUUUUGGUAGAGAAUAAUAUAUGGACUGUGAACAUUCAAGCUUAGCCAUUUGCAGAAAAAUCUUGCAUUUGAUGCUAUUACAGGUAACUAUUCCAGUUUGAAAAAAAAAAAAAAAACACAUUUUCAGUAGUGAGCCAAAACUUUUUUUUUUCCAAUAACCAAUG